AUGUUUACAGGCAUCGUCGAGGAGAUUGGAGUCGUCUCCCGGCUCGUCGUCGACGACAGCAACGGUGGUGGCGGAGGCACCUCGGCCACCUUUACCAUCCCCCAAGGCUCGCCCCUCCUCAAUGACUGCCACGAGGGAGACUCGAUCGCCAUCAACGGCUGCUGUCUCACCGUCACUUCCUUCACCCCGACCAGCUUCACCGUCGGCAUCGCCCCCGAGACGUUGCGCAUCACCAACCUCGGCACCCUCAAGGAGGCCGGCCACGUCAAUCUCGAGCGCGCGGUCCGCGCCGAUACCCGCAUGGGCGGCCACUUCGUCCAGGGCCACGUCGACACCGUCGCCGACAUCCUCUCCGUGACGCCCGACGGAAAUGCCCUGACGUUCCGCUUCCAGCCCAGGAACAGGGCGAUGCUGCGGUACAUCGUCUUCAAGGGCUUCAUCUCCAUCGACGGCACGAGCCUGACAGUCACCAAGGUUGACGACGUCGAGGGCUGGUGGGAGAUUAUGCUCAUCGCCUACUCCCAAGAACGUGUCAUCCUGGCACAAAAGACCAAAGGCGACACCGUCAACGUCGAGGUGGACAUGAUGGCCAAGUACGCCGAAAAGUCGCUCGCCGGCCUGCUCGGCGCCGAAAGCGGCACCGCCUCCAUCCCCUUGCUCGAGAAGAUGGUCCGACGAAUCAUGGCUCAGGAGCAGGGUGCGACGUCGUAG